CUUCAAGAAAAUUAGGAAGGAGUGAUCACGCAUUUUAUUGGUUUUGUGCAGAUGCAGAGACGAUUGGAUGUGAGCUCUUCCCUCGUGGUACUAGCCAUCCGGGUUUCUCAUCACGGCUGAACGCAGAGAAUCGUCCAGCUACGAAUCGAUGCUGUUGAAAGCAUCGCCACCGCCGUCUACGCUCCCCUUCGCGAGAAAAAAGAGCUCGAAAGGAUUUCUGAGUCGCCGAGUAUCUCCGUUGUGAGAGAAGCACUCGAGUAUAUGACAAACUUGGAACCUUGAUUGCAAAGUUAAAUCUUCAACUCAAUCAGACAACCUUCCAAAACUUGUUCGUUUCCCAUCAUGUUGUUUUCCAGAGUUAUUUUUCCCACCUCUUUCGCUGCUAUUGUUGUAGCACAAUCCACCACCCAUGUGAGCAAAACCCUCUGUGGUGGGAAGAAUUAUACCUACGAUUCUCUGGCUGGUUUUGGGUUAGUGCCGUCAAAUUCACGAGACAAGUUUGGUGAUACGCUGGGAGGCUUUGGUUCAGCCAUUGCCUUUGAUCGAGCUCAAUGGAAGAAGCUCUCCAAUGGCACUUACACAGGCACCAUGUAUGCUUUGCCUGAUCGGGGAUGGUAAGCCGAACCUUUUCUCUCUCUCUAUUGAAUUCAAUCCUUGGUCUUUAAUACUCAAGUUAAUACUCAAGACAUGGAAUUUAUUACUCUGGAGUUUCUCCAUUCAGACGAGAUCUUUCCUAAUUUAUUUCAGGAAUACGCAAGGCACAGUGAACUUCCAAGCUAGGGUCCACAAAUUUGGAAUAGUCUUCACACCUUCCCCAAGCGCAACAUCCAAUAAUCCUUCGGGUAAUAACCUUUUCAUUACGUAUCAAGAUUCUACUCUUCUUUUUGCCCCCGACGGUAUUACUCCAACGACCGGUUUAGAUGCAGAUGUCAGUGGCCAUAUCACCUAUCCUGGAUUCCCAGAUUUACCUGCUGCAACAUUCAAAGGCGACGGCUGGGGAGGUUCUGGGCCUGGCGGAAAGGCCAUUUCAAUCGACGCAGAAGGCCUCGUGCUGGCUCCCGGGGGUGGAUUCUAUGUGUCCGACGAGUAUGGGCCCUAUGUGUAUAGGUUCGAUGCCACUGGAAAAAUGUUGAAUGCCAUAAGGCCCAAUGAUGCCAGUACGUGCCAAAAUCAUGGAGUUCUUGAGGCGUAAACUAAAUUAAUCUAGUAAUACCCAUGCGAGACGACGAAGAGUCGUUUUCGGCCAGCGCAGAUGAUAAUCCAACAGGCCGCAACAACAAUAAGGGCUUUGAGGGUAUGGGAAUUUCUGAAGACGGGAGAUCUCUCUACGUACUUCUGCAAUCUGCUGCAAACCAGGAAGGGGGUCUCAAAAAGUCAAACCGCCGUUACCCUCGACUUGUGAAGUAUGAUAUUACUGAUCAAUCAAAUCCAAUUUACGCCAACGAGUUUGUUGUUCCACUUCCGUUCACAACAGAUGAAGAGUCAGAAGUUGCCGGGCAGUCUGAAAUAUUCAAUAUCCAAGGUGGAGACUUCUUUAUCCUUUCACGGGACUCUGGGGCAGGUCAUGGUCAGGAUGAUUCCACUUCCGUUUAUCGUCAUAUAGACAUUUUCAACGUGGAAUUGGCAACGGAUAUCAAAGGUAAAACCUAUGACUGCACCACUUGCAAUAUUGCGAGCUCUAAGGGCAAGUUGGAAAAAAAGAUCACACCAGCAGAAUACUGCCCUUUCAUCGAUUUCAAUCUCAACUCUGAACUUAAUCGUUUUGGCGUUCAUAAUGGCGGAAAUCAAGAUUCCAGACUUCUCAACGAGAAGUGGGAGAGCAUUGCAAUGGUUCCCGUUGAUGGCGCAGCUGGAGAAGAUAAUGAGUGGUUCAUUUUCAGCGUCAGCGACAAUGACUUCAUCACACAGAGUGGCUUUAUGCAUGGAGGGCUGCAACCAUACUCUGAUCCAUACGGUUUCAAUCUUGACAGCCAGGCUCUUGUUUUCAAGGUUACACUACCGGGGCUUUGAGUGCCGUCUCCGAUAAAUUUAGGAUCCAGAGGUAUCACUUGGACGAGGCGGGGCCAUCGUCGAGGGACAACCUCCACUUGUCUAAAUGAUGAAGAUCUCAAAUAUUGCAAAAAAUGAAAAGAACCUUGGCAAGCUGAAUUUUCUGGGGCUCACUAGCCGUCUUUCAAAUCGAAAGUCUUUAAUUAUGGCUGAUCGAAUAUCGUGAGUCGUUUUGGGUGGAACCGGAUACUUUUCUUUCUUUUCUUUCCACGUUGUCAAACUUAGGGGUCUAAAAAGCCUCCUUCUCCCGUUGAAUUUCGUCAUUGUACGUCUGUCAAUAUUUCAAAUCCUCAAGCCUCACGAGCUUUGCCACUAGGUAUUUCACCAAGUGCAUACUUCUGUUAUGUAACGGCCCGUGGACUUCUUGGGAUGAAGUGUUGGUAAUGGCACCUCACCAAGCAUACGCUCCUUGGGGGAAUGACUGUCAUCCCUUAUCAUACGACUGGUUCAGACUUGAGAUGAUGGGCGGAAACUUAGAUCUGUCUCCUAUCCUCUCUUU